CAAGCUAAGGGAAUUACUUCUCAUAAGCACUCUCCAGGAUGGACAAAGUGCAUGAGACUUUGAUGCAUAUGGAAGAUGGCUUGGGCUCUGAUAGUUCUGUCUUUCUCUCUUCCUGGGACUGGAAGAACAAUUCAGGGACUUUUGAGCUGAACCAUGUUUCAUCCCCUCACAGCUUAUCUCCAUCUCCUUCGUUUGAAUCCUACUCUUCCUCCCCUUGCCCAGCUGUGAUUGAAACAUCUUAUAACACCAGCGGCAGUGGCAGCCUGAUCGGAUACAGCCUGAUGGAUUUUCCUUCCACAUGCUUACAGAGCGCUGGGCAGGCGAAGGCUCAGAAGAGCACCAAGGUCAGAAUGUCAGCCCAACGCAGAAGGAAAGCCAGUGAGAGGGAGAAGCUCAGGAUGAGGACCCUGGCGGAUGCUUUACACACCCUACGCAAUUACCUGCCUCCUGUGUACAGCCAACGAGGCCAGCCUCUCACCAAAAUACAGACACUUAAAUACACUAUCAAGUAUAUCAGCGAACUCACAGAUCUGCUGAACAGUGUCAAAGGGGCAUAAAUUCCCUCCUUGAUGAACCCACCACUGGAACCUUGAGAUCCUUCCUCCAAGGAGUCUUUAAAAAUCCAUUGGAACUUCAAUGUACUUCUUCUUUAAAAAAUAAUUCAAUGUAUUUUGAGAAAUAAGGACAGAUCACCAGGGACGGGAAGGGGGAGGGGAUGGCUGCUGUAUAGACAAAAAUGCGUGAAGUCUAAGGAGUUGUGUGUGCUUGUACAAUAUAGAGUUCUGGAUUGUUAUAUUUGGUGUUUUUUAUAACCAGCUUCAAUGAGAUAUUAAAAUUAGUCUGCUUGGAAGGCAAAUUGAUCCUGUUAGGAUUGCCUAACAGGAUCAAUAUCACAAUUCUGACCAACCAUCUGUUUAAUAGUGAAUGGUUAUUUGACCAAAAUCAAUCAGUGGCUUUAAAAUGAAUUUUUAAGGAUGUAAAUAAUAAUAGGAAUAAUAAUAAUAAUAAUAAUUAUAAUAAUGCCAAAAUACUAAGUGUGUUGAUCUGUAGGCACUUUAAUAUUAGGGUUAGGAGGAGCAUGUAUGGUUAGAUCAGGUAUUGGCUAUUUAACCACUUUUCUUCAAUAAUGUAUCUCAGAUGAAGAAAUAUUACGUAACAUUAAGAAUGCCUUUGACUGUAAACAAAUAAA